ACACCUCACGCGGCUUACGCGACUUGACUGACAUUCAUACAGCUGACAUUACAACUGGAGACUGCAACUUCACCUUGCACGAGAGUUGACAUGCCGCCAUGCUUGGAUAGAAUCCGUAACAACGUGUACUAAAUGAGCAAAGCCGCUCGAAAGGCGCAGGUUGGCCUGCAAGAGCCCUCACUGCCUGCGUUUUCAAGCGUCGGAUUUACCGUAUGUUGUAUACUCUUGACGUUUUCGAUUCUACAACCAGCAGCUGCACAAGCGCUAUCACCAGCGGAGUUCAUCACGCGCAAAUGCGCGGCGAACACAUUCUUCCCCACGGCAAACAUUGUCCUUGCAUUCUACUGUACUCUGUCAGAUAACGUCACACUGGUGGCCGGCCCGGAGGCCAGUCUGCCAACACACUCUUCCUCCGUGAUUCAGUCGAUGGUCCCGGAAACGCCCGCGUCGCUGCACCUGUCCUCGCUCACCCGCGCCCUGGCGUUGCCAUCCACCAGCCACCUGGAGCUGCGGGGACUGCUGGUGACAGGCGCAGCGCUGCCCACGGCGCCUUACCCCCUCCCGCCGGCCUCCUUCCUGGCCCUGUCCGCCAUCCGCCUGCUCCCGGCCGCGGCGAGCAGCGGCAACGCCAGCAGCAGCAGCAAUGCCAGCAGCAGCAGCCCCAGCGGUCCCCGACUGAGCCUGCAGGAUGUUGUGAUUACCACACCCUCCUGCGCGGCGCUGUCCCUGCACCAGGACUUUGCGUGCCGCGCCUCGCCUUCUCCCAACUUCACCGUCACCGCCAACUCGCUGCUUGUGCACCGCUUCACCACACCCACCGCCGACCUGACCAAUGUGAGCCUGCGCUGCUCCGGCCCGGCCGUGCCUUUCCCUUGCCUGGCCGCGUCCGUGUCCUCGGGUGCGCAGCUGCUGGGGGCCAUAUCAGAGCUACAGGACGCCAUCCAGAGCGGACUGCAGCAAACGUUCACCCCAGUGCCGGCAUUCAUUCACGUGGCGACCAGCUUUUCCCUGGUGCCGCCUGCUGAGGGGCCCGGCAGUAGCAACGGCAGCAGCAGCACUUGGGCGCCGCAGCCCGUGGAGGUAGUCAUUCCACGGCUGGUCAUCGGCGGCAGUAGCACCAAUAGCAGUAGCAACAGCAACAGCAGCUCCUCACUUCCAGCAGCAGUGCUACAGCCUCCCGGUGCUGUGCCAGAGCUGGACCUGGCUGGCAGUGUGGGGCUGCUGGUGCUGCGGGCGGGGGCGGGUGUGGUGCUGCAAGACCUGGUGCUCCGCAGGCCGCCGCUGGGCCCUGAUAGCGCCCUGCCUCGUUCGCUGCUGCGGCUGCCGCUGUGGACGUUUGACUUCAACCGCAACAUGCUGGGCUGGAGCAAGGGGGCCCUGCUGCAGCUCGCCGGCGGCGUGGUGGUCAAGGACGUGCCGCGGUCGGAGCUGGCCAUGUACCUUUUGGACUCUGCCACGUCCGAUGGCGCCACGGUCGCCGUCGCCGCAGCCGGCCUGCCGACGGCACUGAAGCCCUGGAAACUGGCGUGGGCAAGUGGCAUAUUCUGGGACACGCGGGCCGAGCCGGUUCCGGGAACGCCCGGUGACGUGUGGGUGGAUUGGUUCAGUGCCAAAAGCGCCAUCAUGACCCUCAGUGGCGUGCUGCUACAGCCGGAGACCUGGCUCUGCCCGGGCGGCAGUAGCAACAGUCAUGACGGUGGCAACGGAAGUAGCAGUAAUGCGACAGCAACAACUGCCGAUGCUUGGGCGGCGGCGGCUUCGCCGGAUACGGACUGCCUACGCCGGGAGCCGCUGUGGGCCGUGGUGCCAGCGGGCCUCAGCGUCAGCUGCACCCGUGCUGGCAGCAGCAGUGGCGGCAGCAACCGCGAGUGCACAAGCACAACUCAGCUUGUGAUCCCGCUGGGGAACACACAUCGUGAGCUUCCCGUUCUUCAUGGCCUCCAGCCCCACGAUCUAGACUGGGGACCUCAUAGCUUUACCGGGUACAACGGCUACAUCUUAAGAAGUCGCAUCGCAUCCCUCCGCGUCUGGCCGCUGCCUGUCCGCAUGAGCGUUGUGUCAGACUACCCCGGUUACGAAAUUAUUCGUAAUCAAGCGGUCCUGGCGGGCGCUCCGAACGCCGUGCGGGUGUUGGACCUGCAGCAGCUGAUCAGCGCCUUGCGGUUGCCCACUGCGGCGGCGUUGGAAGGCCAGGUGGCGGCGGCGCUGGCGGUGGGUGGGCCUGAGGUGGCGGUGGCGGCAGUGGCGAGCGUCAGCCUGACGGUGCGGUCGCUGGUGCUUGCAAACCUGCCCAGCUCCAGCGGCUGCCGUGCGGGGCAGCAGGCGGGGUGUGAGGUGCAGCUUGCACGGUUGGCGGCUGCAGAAGCGGUUGCCGCCAGUGCCUCCUCUGAGGAACCCGGGGACCGCCACCGUCACAGGCGACAGGCGCUGGCGUCUGCAGAUGCAGGUGCGGACGGCGCGACGCAGGGCAUGCCCACUGCCCUCGCCAACUUCACCUCCUGCCUGUGGACAUUGGAGUUUGACCGCCUCACGGCGUGGCACCAACUCACGGCAGGCGGCAGCAGCAGCAGCAGCAGCAGCAGCAGCAGCUCUGCUGCUGGCUCCUUGCGGCCUGCGGGCCUGCCGUACGUGUUCCUGGAAUCGGUGGUGCUGCUACUGCCGGCGGCGGAGCUGCAGCUGCUGGCGGCGCUGUGGAGUUCACCUGACCGUGCUGCCGUGAGCGGCGCAGCCGCAGCGGUCGGCGGCGGCUUUGCUGAGCACCUGGCGGCGGCGCUUGCGGCGUCCUCAGCGCCAUUGCCACAGCUGCCCGGGGCGUCGCCCUCCCUGGCGUUUGAGCGUUUCGUGUGGUGCGGACUGGAAGGUCUCAACGUGACGCUGACGUCUGCGGAGGAUCCGGCAUGGGGCGUGUCGGAUGUCGGAGGCAGUAGCGGCAGCAGCAGCAGCCUUGUGCUACUGCCACUAGACGCCGCACUGCCGGCGCCGCUGCUACAGCUUCUAGCACCUCCCCCGCCCCCGCAGCCACCUAGGGGUGUCGGAGGAGCUGGUGUGCCGGGACUGCAGCCGUCAGCCACACCCGGCACCGCUGGCCCAGCACCGCUGGGAGGGCCACCUGGAUGUGCCGCGACCGGCGCCUCUGACACGCAGGGUAGUGGUGGUGGCGGUGGCGGAGUGCCUGAAGGCCUUGCAGCUGUGAGUGACAGCAGGUUCAGCCCGGUGGCAGCAGUCGCGGGGGCAGCCGCUGCAGGCGUUGCCCUGGUGCUCACACUGGCCGGGGUGGUGGUUUGGAGGAGGAGGCGCCAGCCCCCGCCAGCGACCACCAUUGCUCUUGCGCCACCAUCGCCAAGAAAGGGUGAUCCUAAGCAUUUUUGCGAUCUCAGCACAGCGGGGGAGAGCGCGCUGAGUGGCGGCAGUAGCGAGGGGGUGGAUGCAGCAGCCAUCGGCGGCACAGGCACAACUGGCAUUAUUUUGGUCACUGCAAGCAGUACCAGUUAUAGUCAGCCUCGAGCCGGAUUGCCGCCGCUGUCCACUUCCGACGUGCUCACGGUGGGCUCAUGUCAGUCAUGUGCAAACGGGGCUGGAGGAGUGCGUGCUGCUGCUGCCCGCCUGGCGGGCGGCUGGCCGCUCUCCGUAUCCGUCAGCGGUACGGCUGCUACCGAUGCGCUUGCUGCAGCUACUCCAGGAAGCAGCAGCCAUCCUCCAAUGAACUCAAAGCCCACGCGCAUUGUGUGCGCCGUUAGCGUGGCGGCAGCAAUCAGCAACGCUCUGUCCGGCUCGUGCUCAGGCAUCGACAUCGAACUGGCCGCAGCUCCUGCGUCUGCGGGCUCCCUACCGGAGGAGAAAGAGGCGGCGGGCGAGGUGGGCAGCAAGGACGCGUGGGCUGCCCCGCCAGCCGCUGGCACGGACCCCACCAUCCGUGUGUCCAUCACACCGCGCGCAAUCGCCGAUGCAGUGUCGGCCGUUGCUCCUGCUUCCGCGGGCGCAGGUGGGAACAGCAACAGCGCCAGCUACAGCCUGCGCCCGCCAGCAGCCUCGCCCGCCGGCAGAACGGCGCCGGCAGCCGCUGUGCAGGAUGGCCUUGGUGGUGGUCGCGGCGACGGCAGCGGCGGCAAGCCGGGCACGCCACGGUCGGGCGCCGCCACGUCCUUCCAGAACGCCGCAUCACGCCUCCGCGCGGUGCUAUGGGCAGCUGAUGGCGGCGGCAGUGACGGCGCGGGCGCUGCGGCUCGGGGCUGGGCCGGCGGCUGUGUGGCGUCGAGGCUUGCACUCCGGUUCAAGGACAGCGGUGCUUGCAGUGGCUCGGCUGGCGCUCCUGGCGCCGGGGACCCGCCCGCGCAGGGCCCGCUGUCGCCCCGGGCUGCAAGUGUGGCCCACCGGGCAGCCUCAUGCGCGGAUGUGCCGCUGCUACCGCCCGACUGCGCACCAGGCCCUGCUGUGGCUCUGGCAGGUGCGGCGGCGGCAGCAGCACGAGCUAGGUCAGCAGCAUUCGGCAGGGCGCUUCAGGCCCCAGCCACAGGCGCAGCAGCCCAUGCCGCCACUAGCGCUGCCCAGCAACGGCCCGCCUCUUCGACCAGCAUCCCACGGGCCAGUGCCGCCAAGGACCGGGGCGUGCUCGCCCGUGCACUCGCCGGCAUCCACCGGGACAUGCAGGCAAUGCAGGCGGCGGUGGCGGUGGGUGGCAGCGGGACUGGUUCGGUUGUGGAAACGGCCGAUGCCACCGCCUGGCGCGUCUCUGCGGACAGCGCGGGCCUGGCCUCAGCAGGCGCCGCCUGGGAUGCCCACAUUGCGGCGUCUUCUGCAGCAGCCGCUGCACCGUCAGAGCCCACGGUGGCUGACGUGCUGGCGCUGCCCUCUGCUGGUCUGGCGCUGGACCGGCCCAGCAGUGUGGUGCGGCAUGCUCCUGAUUGUAGGGCAGGCAGUGCAUCGAGGGUGGGGACUGUGAGCCGGCCAUCCAGUGAAGGUGGCAGCUGCAAACCAGCUGGGGGGCCCGGGUCAUCCUCGGGCACCCAGCCCUCCAAGGGACCUGCCGACGUGCUCGCUACGCCCAGCACUCCAGGGAUGCUGAUGGAGUCCCUUGAUGCCGGCCGCGGCGGCCCCCUGACUGGUGUGUCCAUCACGCGCGAGCUGGGCCGCGGCGCACAGGGUGUGGUGUACGCCGGCACCUGGCGCGGACUGAACGUGGCAAUCAAGAGCUCGCUGCUGCACCGCAGCUGCCAUGCUGGCGCUACUGCCACUGCCGGCAGCGCUGCUACAGCCGGUGCUGGGCUGGACCCGGGCAUUGCACAGGCAGUGCAGGAGGCUGCGAUCAGCGCGGCUGUGUCGCACCCCAAUGUGGUCGCCACCUACACCUACUCCCUGCAGCAGCUAGGCGCCGGCAUGGGUGCCAGCACUGGAGCUGAUGCGACGUAUAAAGUUUCAGCAAGCCACACAGCACGUAGAUCAUCCGGUACUGUGCCGUUUGAAUCGUUUCUCAGCAGCAGCUCAACUGAUGGCAGCUGUGGCGAAGCGGAGGCUUGGAAGCUGACGCUGGUGCAGGAGUUGUGUGACGCCAACAGCCUGCGGCACUGCCUGGCGACCGGGCGACUGGUGCGCGCGCGGGCAGUGCGGGUGCAGCAAGCACAGCCUCCGAGCGGUAUCAGGCUCGCAGGCAGCGGAACUGGCGUUGCAGCAUCGCUUGAGUGGGCUCCCUUACUCAUUCCCAUCAAUCGCGCUAGCAGCACCAGCCAGCAGCCCUACCCCAAACUCAGCACUGGGACAAGAGCUUUGUCAUCACCCCGGUGUGCGUCUGCGUUGGGCCCACUGCACCCAUUCGUGGUUGGCUCGUGUGGCGAGGGCAGUGCAAACACUAGUAUGACGGUCAUUCACAGCCGCCAUGAUGGCGGCAGCAGCAGCGGUGCUAAGCCCGAAGGCACGGGCACUCGCGCUGAGCGUGCCGCUGCCAUGGCCGACGGCGGCCAAUCAUCCAGUGCGGACUCACAGCAGCUGCAGGCACCUGCGCCGCUGUCUGUGGAGGUGAUGCUUUCGGUAGCACUUCAGGUCGCGCGCGGCCUGGCGCACCUGCACGAGCGCUCCAUCGUGCACGCAGACGUCGGCUCAGCCAACGUGCUGCUGCAGACCACCGACAGCGGCGCUAGUCGGGGCUGCAUGGGGCAGGGCGCAAGUGCAGUGGGUGGCGCCCGCGCCGGCACCUACCUAGCUGCACCAGGCAUGCUGGCUGGCCCUGGGGAGGUUAGGGCACUCCCGCACCACGCCGGCGCACACAGCAACCUUGGUGGCAGCGCCCUCAGUGAAGCCGGCCCCUCCGACCCGUACACCUACGGGUACGUGGCCAAGGUGUGUGACUUCGGCCUGAGCGGGCGACUGGACGUAGACGCAGGCGCCACGCACAUCAGCGGCCCCGCACGCCGCUCCUCCGCCUACUCAGCGCCUGAGCUGGUGCGCUGCGGGCGAGCAGGCCCCGCCAGCGAUGUGUAUGCACUCGCGGUGGUGCUGUGGGAGCUGGCGUGGGGUGCGCCGCUGCCUGCACUGCUGGUCCGUCCUGAGGGUGCGGGCGUGCGGGAGUGGCUGACACGUCAAGACCUGGUGGACCCUGCGGCGGCGGAGGCCCUGCCGGCAUCUCUGCUACCGUGGCCAGCGCGCGCGCCUUCUGGUUAUGUGUCUCUGGCCGGGGAGUGCCUUGCGGCGGCGCCUGCAGGACGGCCGUUGAUGCGUGUGGUGUGCGUGAGGCUGCAGGAGAUGUUGAUGAUGAUGGCGCAAUGAACGACGCACACACAUCGGACAUUGGGACGGCAUGAGGAGGCGAAUUGGCAGGAUUGCUACAUUCAUUGCAAGGCGGGAAGCUCUGGUCAAGUAAGCAUUCAUAAACGGUUCAUCAAGCAUAUGUGGUGCUUGCGCAACGGGGCCUGCCCGAGCUAUUUCGUAGGUGCUGAGAAAGUGUUGAAAAGAUUGUAAAAGCAUAUGUGAUUGCGGACCUUAUUGCUGUGAAUGGGUAGGUCUUGGUGCACCUCCUGGUGCUCUGAACCCUUUGCAGGUGUUGUUCAGGCGUGGCUCUGUGUCCAAUCGUGCCAUGUUAAAGCUGGGAUUGGUCGGCAACAUGCCAUGUGCGGUUUAUGACGUUUUGUCACCGGUUUUGCAUGGCUCUGCACUUCUGCGCACGGACAGAACAGCCACAUAUGACACUUUGUCAACUACCAUAGCAUGGCACAAUUAGCCCGUGCUUGCCGGUGCUUUGCAAUGCCCGCAUUCUAGCGGCGACUACCGUACUAACAGAAGCCAAUGUUGAGGGCCUGAGACAAGACUUGAAGCCUGCGGACGAGUUGCCGCGUUGUGCCUGUACCGCAUUCCGCCAUACAGUACUGUAACAACCACAAUGUCCAACUG